AUGUUGUUAAUUAAAAAACAAUGAAUCUUGCCGACAUGAUCCUACGUAUGUGCAUAAAAAGAUGCAUUAGUUAGCUGGCAGAUGGGUCUUAAAAUCACACCAGACAGGCUAUAUUAGUGGCAAUUACAUGCUGGCACAGAACCAAACUGUCUGUGAGUGAGGAAAAAAAUUAGUAGAAGUAGAAUUUAUGAAAAAUUGAGGAAGAAAUAUAUAUAUAUACAGUAUAUCUAUAUACUGUAUGUGUAUUAUAUUACAAUUAUAUUGUAUUAUAUACAAUUAUAUAUAAUACAAUUUAUUUAUUUUGUCAUAUCAGCCCUGAAAGUGCAAAAAAAAAAAAAAAGUGUAUAUGUAAGUGAAAUUACAUAUAGAAAUAAGUAAAACAAAAUAGGAAGUAGUUGUAAGAGGAACAACUGAUCUAAUUAUUAAUUUCAUGUAAAGGUUUGAUUUUGGUUACCUGUACCACAUGCACAUAUUCAAAUAGCCUUUGCAUCAACUAUUUGAUUGGCUGUGCUCACUGUUCUGCUGUGUCACAAAGGGAAAUGAUGCGAGUUUGGUCACUAAUAAACUAGUACUGUACAUGGAGGCAGUAACUGAAUGAAAUCUGGUGUAUCAGACCCCUGGCUCGCAUGCAAUACUGUAUGGGGUGGAGCACAGUUUCGAUCCCUCAUCUCUGAUUAGUCAAGAUGGUGAGAAUCCAUUCAGAUCUUAAGACCGAAGCACAGGCCUCAGUGGACAGGCUGGUAAUCUGUGAGUCCUCACUGCUGUUGGGUAUUAGCUCUCGAAAAGCAGGGCUUAAGCUCAGGGGUUUUAAGAGCAAACAACCUGCUUUUCAUUGUGCUAACCUGACAGCCAUAGACCAUCAGCGACAUGAGAGCGGUCCAUCUCUUCCAGCUGCUGGGCCUGGGCCUCAUCCUCCUCACGGUUCACAGUGAGGCGCUGAAGUGCUACACCUGCAUGGGCUCUACAGAUGAAGACUGUAAUCGCCAGGGCUCCAAAACGUGUCCGAGUUACUCAGAUGCAUGUGCUGUUGUUCGGGGACAUGGGAGUGGUGUAAUGAAGUCGUGCUCGUACAAAUCCUUCUGCAGCCAGGCUAACAGCCAGGGCUACAGAGCUCCAGGGGUCAAAGUUCACUGCUGCUACUCCGAUGACUGCAAUGUGGCAGGACACGGCACCAGAAACAGCACAGGCUUCGGCUUCCUUCUGGGCCUUCUGUUAUUCGUCUGGCAUCUGUUGUCAAACUAAUGUUGCCCUAGACCAGGGGUGUCCAAUCCUGCUCCUAGAUGGCCACUGUCCUGCAAAGUUGAUCCAAUCCCAAUUAAACACACCUGAAGCAGCUAAUCAAGGUCUUCUAGGAAUACUAGAAACUUCCAGGCAGGUGUGUUGUGACAAGUUAGAGCUAAACUCUGCAGGACAGUGGCCCUCAGGACCGAGUUUGGACACCCUUGCCCUAGACGAACUGACCUGGCUAUUACCAUUGUGGAACUUGAAGGAACUCUGUAUACUCUGUGAUUGUUGAAAUGUCAGCAAGUGUACUGCCAUGAAAUUGUGCAUGCAAUGCAUAUAAGGUUGAGCAUAUAAAGCACUCAUACACAGAACUUCACAUACACAGAUAUUGUCACAUUUCUAUUCUGCAUAAAGCAAAUGUAUUUAUUAUUGUUUAAGACUUUUUAGGAAUUCAAUAAAGCUGAAAGCCUUUGAUUAUUUUAGGCCAAAUGGAACUAAAUGAACUCUAUUAAAGGGAUAGUUUACACAAAUAGGGAACUCCUGUCAUCAUUUACUCACCCUCAUUUCAUUCCAAACCUUUUUUGUUUGAUGCACAAAUAUACCUGUAUCAGAAUGUUAACCUGUAUCAAUUUUCAUUAUUUUUUAAACAAUAGAACAGCUUAAACAUUCUAGUAGAUAACUCAAAUUGUGUAACUGAGUAAGUGAUGACAGAAUUUUUAUAUUUGGGUGAACUAUUCAUUUAAAAGCUAGUAUUAUGAACAAAGAGAGCGGGAAGAAAGAGAUGUUUUAAGAUGAGUCUCAAACAUGUUGUAAAUUAAUGUGUGUAAUUUAAUUUUCAUGUCUCUCCAUACAUGGAAAUGAACAUGAAUAUAUCAUGCAAGAAUACACACUCUCUGGCCUGUUUCGCUUUUGUGCUUGAUUGUAAAUAAACAUUGCUUUUUCCUUAUAGUUUAAUGUAUUUUUUAAUAAA